AUGGAUGAAACAGGAUUUGGUCUUAAGAUCCGCAAUGAAGAAUUUCCUUUAAGACAUAUAAAUAAUGCUAAUAGAAAAAUCUUAGAAGAACCUAAUGGUCAAAUUAUUACUGUGAUGGAAACAAUUUCAAUGACAGGUGAAUUAUUAAAUCCUUUUAUUAUAUUUAAUUGUAGACUUCAUACUUCUUGGUUUUAUAAUAUUAAAAAUGUAUUUGAUUGGAAAUUUUCAGCUACUAAAGAAGAUUGGACAAUGAAUGAAAUAACUAUGGAAUGGCUUCGUAAAGUAUUUAUACCUCAAUCAACAGCAAGUCCAGAUCAGCCACCAGUUGGAUUAAUUCUUGAUGAACAUGUAUCACAUAAAUCAAAAGAAAUUUUCGAUGUUUGUGAAGAGAAUAAUGUUAUUUUAAUUUUUAUUCCUUCAAAUUUAAGUAAAAAACUUCAACCUUGGGAUUCAACACCAUUUAAAAAUUUAAAAAAUCAAUAUCACUGGAAACUUAAUGAACUUGAUCAGUUUAGGUAUGAAAAAAAAAUUGAAAGGGCUGAAUUUUUAAAAUCUUAUCAAGAUGUUCGUGUUAAUGCAAUAACUCAAGAUUUUAUUAUUAAUCGUUGGAAGAAAACUGGUUUUUUUGAUAACAUUGUUAGAGUUAAUAACUUAGAAUCAUCAGAAAUAUCCAAUCAACCAGAGCUGAUGGAUUUAGAUCACAAUGUUAAUCAAUCAGAGCUGAGUGACUUAAACCAUACUGAUAAUUUACCAGAUUUGACGGACUCAACCCUCGUUGAUGAAGAUGAAGUUUUAAUUGAAUUACCACAAAAAAAGGGAGAUUUAGUUUCAUUAUUUUUAAAAUAUGGUGAAUCAGAAGAAAUUCAAGAAGAGAUAGUAAGAAAAGUAGAAACGGAGUUUUUUCAUUUGAGAUCAAAAAAUCAAUAUUAUGAUGAUCUUAAAUUAAAACUUCAAAAGGAAUUGAAUGAAGCUAAUGAAAAAUUAAUAUCAUUAGGUGAAGAACCUGUAAUAGUCAAUUUAAAUGGUGAAAAUGAAAGAAUUUUGAUAGAUGAGGAUUAG